UAUAAGUUGAUGUCUUCUCUAAAUUGACAGUAAUAUGAGGUUUUUAAAGACAGAAUCAAAGAUAUCUUCGUCAAAUGUUUCUUUGAUGAUCUUAGGUAACUGUUCAGAUGAAGGUUGGGUGGUGCCAAGGUAUCAUGCCCCAGGGUUUCCUGAUGUAACUGCAAAGAUAGAAGCCAAGAGGGAUGACACUAGGCAGUUUGCACCAUUUCUACUCAUUACAUGGAGUCAGUUACCUGACAGUAGUAUAUUGACGCUGAAAGGGACUGAAGUGCGAGUGGUUGAAAUGUCCACAAAUCACAGUGUUUGUGUUCGGUACAUUUUUUGUAACACAACACUGUUGCUAACAAACCCAGGAGGGGAUAGGUGGACAUUUUCUUUGGAGAGAAUUGUGGUCAUUCCCAACUUUAAAUACCAGGUAUUUGUAACCAAUUUGCCAAAGUCAGACAUAGGGAACUAUGCAACGAUAACCAACAUUACAGUCCCAGAGCACAUUUGGGAUCCGAAGGAAAAAUGGUCAGUGUCAAAAUGUAAAGAAAAUGGUGACUUGGUGAUAACAAUUGAAUUUGAACCAGUUCAGUUCUCUGAUCAAUACAAAGUCUCCAUCUGCAGUCUUGACCGUUACCCAGAUCUGGUGAACUCCACAAUGCCACCUGAUGAUAACAAGCGAUUUCUGAGGGUUAAUUUCCCGCUGGAAGCAUGCCGGAUAAAUCACUGCAUUUUGGAUUUGGUGAUUCAGCCACUGUCGCUUCGGAGCAUGAAUAACUUUCUGGAAUACAGAGGGAAAGUUGAUAUCUGUCCCCUUCUUCCAGGUGCUCCUGUUGUUUUUAUCAUUUUGGUGACACUGGUGCUGUUGUUGGCUUUACUGGCAGCUGCUGUUUGCAUUUUUGGCUGUAUUCGAUUUUUGAAGAACAAGGAUUCACAUAAAGAAACGCCAUCCUCAGACAGCUCAACGUGUGCAAAGGAUAGACUGGAGUGGAAUCCCAUUCAAGAGCCUAAGAGGGUCAUCAUCAUUUAUUCUCUGGACCACCCCCUGUACAAAGAAAUCGUCUUAAAGUUAUGUGCCUUCAUGAGGGCUAAAUGUGGUACAGACAUCACUCUGGAUCUCCUGGAUGCCGUCUGGCUCAGCACAAUCGGUAGAAUUCAGUGGCUGGAUAUGCAAAGGGAACGAAUCUCCAAGUCCUCAGAUAAAGUCCUGAUCUUGUGCUCUCCAGGUGUACUUGCCAAGUGGAAGGCCAUGUGCGGUGAGCACAAAGUGAGGCUGAAGGAGGAUGAAUGUUCACCCAUAGGAGACAUGCUGACGCCGGCUCUGAGCCUCAUUAUACCGGAUUUUGUUCAUGCUUCAUCUUUCUACAACUACAUGGUGGCUUAUUUUGAUGACGUGUGCAGUGAGGAUGACGUUCCAGCACCUUUUAACGUCGUGGUGAAGUACAAACUCAUGAAGCACUUUGAAGAACUUUACUUCCGAAUCCUAGACAUGGAAAAACAUGAGCCGGGACGGACUAAGUGCAUUGAAGGCAUCAGGGAGAAUGAUUUCUUCUGCUGUCCAUCAGGGCAAGGGCUUCAGAAUGCUAUUGAAGCUUUUAAAAAUUACCAGCUGAAGAAUCCAAACUGGUUUGAAAUGGAGCUUUUGGACACUGAUGAUGAAGAAGAGGAGUCGACAUUUCCUACAGACAUUAACUAUGGCUCUGUCACUGAAUGCCAUUUUCUGUUUGAAGGGUAUAAAGCUCAUACAUGUGUCAAUAUGAUUAAGCAUCAGAAUGAUGAACAUGUUUUAAAGUCUUCUAUUGCAGAGACGGCCAUAAUACUCAGCGAGAAUUCUUCAGUUCUUACCACAGAUGUCUAUUCCAGUGGUCCAGUAUCCAGUAGCUAUUAAAUUGAAAGGUUUACCAGCAACUAAAACUGUAGCACAACAUGAAAUAUGCUUACAGGCUCUGUGAAUCGAUCUAAAAUUAAGCUUGACAUCAUAGUAACCAUUACACUUCUGUUAUACAUUUCCCAUCAUUUUAUUUAUAUUAGUUCAGCUUUGUCUUUGUCUGAAUACUAUUUCAAAGUUAACGUAUGUUCAUUUUAUUCUACACAGUUAUGCUAAUUUGUCCAUUAAUACAGAACAAAGAAAAAGACAUAUAACCACAAUAACAUGUUUAUGUGAGAAAAUUUUAUUGGCUGGCAACUUUUUCAGAUUAUUUACCACAUCAUACGAUAAUUAUUUGUGCUUUUCCUUUACUUUCCAAGUUAUAGGCAAAAUUUAUAUUUGUCUACAAAACUCAUUUUAUGCAUUUAAGUCAGCUUAUUUCAUACUUUAUGUAUGAAAGUUUCAUAUCAAGUUAUGAAACAACUUAUAAAACACUUUUCAAAUUGUGAGUAAAAAAGGAAUGAAAUAAUUUACAAAUCUCAUAAACUUAUAUUUUAUAUUUUAAGAGCAGCUGGAGGACCAAUUUGCAACUUAUUAGGUCAGUUGGCAAAAUGAUUGGGUAUCAGAAGUCAAGAUGGGCAGAGGAUCACCAAUUGCCCCAAUGCUGCGGUGAAAAAUAGUGGAGCAAUAUCAGAAAGGAGUUUGUUUCAUUAGUUUUCCUGAGUUUGCCUGAUUAGUUAAUCUGCAUUCAUUAGUUUCCACCUGUGUUAUAUGAAUCAUCUUGUUUGCUCCUUUGUUUCCCUUUUCUUUAAAAGGCUUCAGUUUCAUUCUGUUCUUGGGCCUGAAUUAACAGUACGCUGAUGUUAAUAUAUAAUGGUGUAUGUGGUUUAUGCUUA